GCCAAUGGGCAGCAGCUGGCAGUGCGUCCCGCGCCCGAGCGGCAGUCGCGCCCUCUCGCUGCCUGGCUAAGGCGCGGAGGCGAGCGCGGAGGAGAGCAGCCGCGGGCGCUGCCGCAACCGUCAGGGCAUCAGGAUGGCGGUGGGCUCUGUCAAGAUGCAGCCGCCUUGCGAGAGCCCAGCCCUGGCCUCGGUGGCCCCGGCCGACGGCCCUCUGCGCCGCAGCCCGAGCGCCCGGGAGCCGGAGCGCGAGCCGCCCGCCGCGUCUCUGCGGCCGCGCCUCAGGGACCUGCCUGCGCUGCUGCGGAGCGGGCUCACGCUGCGGAGGAAGCGGAGCGCCGCCGGGGCCCGGACUCUCUCAAGAAGAAUUUCCAAUCCAUACCUUGAACAUAGUCCUUCUCAGAUUUAUGGAGAGAAUUCUUCUUGUGCAGGAAGAGCAUUAAGGAAUAUUAUUAUUGUUCAAGCAGCUGACCUGGUAAAGGACAGAGUGAAUCUCAAGGGAUUUUACAGGAGAAGCUGUGUGGGGUCAGAGCUGGUUGACUGGCUCCUGGAACACUGUCCUUUUGUCCAGUGUAGAUCUAUGGCCAUUGGGGUCUGGCAGCUCCUACUGGAUAUGGGGAUUAUGUCAUCAGUGGACCAACAUCUAUACUUUCAAGAUAAUUAUGUUUUCUACCAGUUUUCCUCGGAUGAAUGCAGCUACUUAUACUGUGAAUUUGAAAGAGAGGAAGAAUGGCAAAAGGGAGUCAAGCUUUUGCUGGAGCUUGUGCAUCUCAUCCCUGCGAGAGCUGGCAUCUGUGAUCUGUCUCACCAGAAAGCAGAAGACUCGGAAGAAAGCAGUGAUGAAAUUCUUGCUCGGCUAACAUCUGCGGUGCAGAGAGAGCUAGCGGCUGUUAUUGCUUUGAAAGCAAGAAAGUCUGCAAUUGAGCAAGAUGAUGAAAACGCUGACAAGCAAGUAACCGUGAAGGAGGCUAACAACGAUCCUGAUCCUCAGGCUGGGGUGAUGUGCAAGCUUCAAGAGAGAGAUGAUAUCGGACGUAUUGAGCUGGUCCACAAACUGGCAAGAGAAAACUGUCAGUUUUUACAGACAGAAAAAAAAGAAUCGGAGAAGUUGGAACAGCAAGAUGAUGAAGUGACGAUGGUUCAGGUUAAAGAGCAAGGCCAGAGUGUGCUGGUGCUGAAGAAAGUAGCAAGCUGUGGCCCAGCCCCCACCACGGGGAGUGCGGAGAGCGAAGCGAGAUAUGUGGUGGUGUCUGGUACCCCUGAGAAAAUCUUGGAGCACCUUUUGAAUGACUUGCACCUGGCAGAGGUUCAGCACAAAGAAACAGAGACGCUCCUUGAUGACUUCCUCCUCACGUAUACCGUAUUCAUGACAACUGAUGACUUGUGCCAGGCGCUGUUAAGGCACUAUUCUGCUAAGAAGUAUCAAGGGGAAGAAGAAAACUCAGAUGUCCCUUGUCGGAAGCGCAAGGUCUUACAUCUGGUUUCCCAGUGGAUUUCUCUGUACAAGGACUGGCUACAUGAAGAUGAGCAUUCAAAAAUGUUUCUAAAGACCAUAUACAGGAACGUGCUGGAUGAUGUCUAUGAAUAUCCGAUUCUUGAGAAAGAGCUGAAAGAGUUUCAGAAGAUACUUGGCAUGCAUCGCCGUCACACUGUUGAUGAAUACUCACCACAGAAGAAGAAUAAAGCCCUGUUCCACCAAUUCAGUCUUAAGGAGAACUGGCUCCAGCAUAGAGGAACUGUGGCUGAAACAGAAGAAAUUUUUUGCCACGUGUAUAUAACAGAGCACUCCUACAUCAGUGUGAAGGCCAAAGUUUCGAGUACAGCCCAGGAGAUCCUGAAGGUCGUGGCUGAGAAGCUGCAACGUGCCGAAGAGGAUCUGGCUCUGGUGGCCAUAACAUUCUCUGGAGAAAAGCAUGAAUUUCAGCCAAAUGACUUGGCCAUUUCCAAAUCCCUGGAGGCAUCUGGUCGGAUAUAUGUCUACCGGAAAGAUCUGGCUGACGCUUUGAAUCCUUUGGCAGAAAAUGAGGAAUCCCAGCAAAGGUCAAUGAGGAUUUUGGGAAUGAACACUUGGGACCUUGCUCUGGAAUUAAUGAGCUUUGAUUGGAGUCUGUUCAAUUCAAUCCAUGAGCAAGAGCUGAUCUACUUCACAUUCAGCAGACAGGGGAAUGGAGAACACACUGUGAACCUCAGCCUUCUGCUCCAGAGAUGUAAUGAGGUCCAGCUCUGGGUGGCCACGGAGAUUCUGCUCUGCAGCCAGCUAGGCAAACGCGUGCAGCUGGUGAAAAAAUUCAUCAAGAUUGCAGCUCACUGCAAAGCCCAGCAGAACCUAAACUCUUUCUUUGCCAUCGUGAUGGGUCUCAACACUGCCUCCGUCAGCCGGCUGUCACAGACGUGGGAGAAAAUUCCUGGGAAGUUUAAGAAACUUUUCUCUGAACUUGAGAGUUUAACGGAUCCUUCCCUAAACCACAAAGCCUACAGGGAUGCGUUCAAAAAGAUGAAGCCGCCAAAAAUCCCUUUCAUGCCCUUAUUGCUUAAAGAUGUAACAUUUAUUCAUGAAGGAAAUAAAACAUUCUUGGAUAAUCUCGUCAAUUUUGAAAAGCUGCACAUGAUUGCAGACACUGUCCGAACCCUGAGACACUGCAGGACUAACCAGUUCGGAAGUGACAUGUCUCCAAAGGAGCAGCCAGAGCUGAAGUCCUAUGUCAACCACCUGUAUGUCAUCGACAGCCAGCAAGCCCUGUUUGAGCUCUCUCACAGGCUGGAACCUCGGGCCUGAGCUAUGCCAAUCUGCCCUGCAUCUGUAACUCUUAGAGCAAGCAAAGGCCUCCAUUCAGCAUGUUGCUUCCUGUAAGAAAAGAGGUUGCUGAGUUUUAUCAGCAUACCAUGAGACAAGUACAGGAAAACCAACAAAAGCACGUUCAGGAAGUGAUGUCAGCCACCAGAAGCGGGAGAGUACCCCCUACUGCUGUCAGGAACAAGACAGGAGUCAGAGCAUCCUUGGAACAGGUCUUCCUUAUGAUGACGAUUUCAUUCCAGUCCAAGUUUCAGCCUAUGAGGUGCCAGCAUUAGGAGGCGACUGUCACUCUGCCUGGUCACCUUACUACUGGUUGGCUGUUAAGAGACUGGAACACCUGUGGACAGCAAGGGCAUUUCCAGAUGUCCUAGGAAGAAGAGAGGCCUCUGUUGCUAUAAACUUAACAUCACCCUGAAGGGCGUGUCCUUCUGUGCAAAUAAGAAAUGCGUGGCACACCCUUCUUUGCAUCCACAAUCAUUUACCAGUGUAUACACAGAUGAACUAGUUUCUGUACCAUUGAUGUACUUCUGUGAGCAAGGUAGACUGGGUUUCUCAUCCAAUAAGGAGCUUGACAUUGCUUGGUUUCUAUGAACUUUCUUUACAUAAAUUCUUGUUGCUGAGUGCCAUUUUCAGAAAAACAUAGGGCCUGGAUCAUGGGUGCUCAGUGUUAGCGUACUGGGGUGACAGAAUUUCUAGUUUCUGCAUUCUGGUCGAGCCUUGGUGUCUGACAUUACUCCACCAGGUUCCCUGCCUAUAGGAUACAAAACAUCAGCCUGUGAAGGAGGAUGAGUGAAGCUGAGUAUAUGAGGCUUAACAGUUAGCUUGCUAGACUCAGUAAUUGAAAAGUAUCCAGAGAUGCCUAAAGUCUCACUCAUGCGGAGAGUCAGAGCCCCGUAGUCUACUUCCCAAGCAAAACCAGAGUCUUUCUGCACUUUGCUGUUUACCUUUUAUUCUUUGUUUUUAUAAAUUGGGCCUCAUAUACCAAAUAAGACCUCUUGGAAUUCUCAAGGACUGGUUAGAGGAUUUCCCUGAAUCCUCAAGUAAGCAAAAAGCUUGUGGUUAAAAAAAAAGCCUGCUCUCCCAUGAGCUACAUACUAGUUCCUUCACUGUGUGCAAGUCCCCGCUGAGUAUUCAGUCUGUCCAUUAGCAGUCUUGAGUAUGGGUAUGCUGUUCACACCCUUGGGAGGCAGGGGAGGGGAGAGAGCUGUGUCCACACAGACCUGCUUCCUACUCUCUUCAGCACUUGGUCCAUUCUCAUUACCAAGGUCUGAGCUAUGUUCAUUGCCACCUGACUUCCUAAGAGCUAUGCUGUUCUCUGGUCUUGGGACCAGUGAGCCUGAGACACUGCUAGAGGGAACCAUAUGGGAAAUCUUGGUAGAGCUUUCAGAGAGAUUACAUCUGAUCUAGCACAUAAAAUUUCAGCCCUACAAACUUAAAGGGAUAUAUAGAAACACCCCAACUGAGGGUGAUUCACUCAUAAAAUGUUUCACAGGUCUGAGGGCCGGUGCACGAGUCCAGAGCCACAGAACCAGGGAGAGCAGGCUGUCCUGACAUGUGGACAAGCACAACCUCUAAGGGCAGCACACACUUAUAGCACAAACAUGCAUGUCUUCCCUCCAAGCUAGCAACUGGGAUUGGGCUACCAGGCCAUUUUGAUAUUGUCUGUGUUCUGUGUAUAUUAAUAUUAGCUCUACAUUGCUUCAAGCAGAGUUUUCCCUUUAGAACUCAUUGUAGAUGGAGAUCUAUUUCAGUAGAACACUGUCUGUCUCUGAUCAGCUGGGCUACACAAGCCACACCUCCCUGCAUCAUGCUUAGCACACUUAGAGAGUUCUGCAGGACAUGAAUGGGAAUAGCCCUGGAGAGCAUGGGGUGAGGCUGCUUUUCCCUCCAAAGCAAAAGGCAGAUGCGAUUGUUUUCCCAUCCUGUCUCCAGAAUAUCUAAAAAUCUCUAAAUCCUUCUCAACUUUAACACCUGUUUCUAGGGAUUUCUCAGGCAGCAGAUUUAGGAACUUCAGAAGCUUCGUAGAGUCUUAAAUCUAAAAGAAAAGUUCAGAAUGAUCAGCUUCCAAGCUCUUUCUAAGGAAGCCAAGCCCUGUAUGGGGUCCACAGGAGUCUGCCCUCCCAUGCGUGGGAUAACCCGGUUCCUUCUCGAAAGCCUCCAAGGCAUUUCCAGACUCAGUGCUACUGUCCCAGAAGAGUGGAUAAGAAGAUGUCUAAGGUCCCUUCCAGUUACCUUUGGAUUUUGAUGUUUUCAUGAAUCUCCAUUCCUUCCGUAGAUCCUGUAUAAUUGGCAUCUUCAGUGAGUGAUACCUUGGCCUCUUUCUGUUGACAGCACAGCCCUCGAGGGGUCCUGUGGGUCUUUGGAUUCUGUUCCUGCAAAGCAGCUCUGCUUGCAAGUUCCUACCGGAGUCAGAUUACAAGUCCAUCUAGGGAACGUCACAAACUUUCCAAACAUUUCAAAGGAUUUGCACACACAUUUGCAGAUGUUCCACAGCCUCCAAGUGUGAACUUGCCGAAUGGUUACCAUAGCACACGGUAUAACUCACAGUCUACCUUUUUAGUAUCCUUAAUUGCAUUGAGAAUAAAUUCCUUUUCCUGCUCCAGUAUCUACAAACAAGCAGUGUGACACAUACUUUGAAUUUAGAGGCUUGAGAAUAAAGUUCUACCCCUCCUAGUUUGUAGGGAGGUAUUUUUAUAGACGGACAGUCAUCUGAGUGAGGAAGUGGGAAUACAGAUAUGUGGCUGCUUGUGUAGACUUCUUGUCCUGGAGCACCAGCCCUGUGGUUUUGUACAGACAACACAUGUACUGCAAAGCCUGAACCAAAUGGCACAACCCAUGCAAGCUUAUCAGAAUUGGGAAAAUCAUUAAGUUUAGAAGACAAGGGCCACUGUAGCUGUCCAGCAUAGAAUUUCUUCUCAACUUCAAAGACACGUCCUUGAAAUUUCAGCCCACUCAGUAAUGAGUGAGCCAGUUUUGCUCUAGAGAGAACACAUUUUGAAAUUUGCCAAAAAGUCAGAAGAAAUGUACUACUGUAUAAAGCAAAGCUGUAUAUACUAAGCAUUUUUAGCAGAGUAAUAUUUAUUUGCAUAGCCUAUUUAUUGUAUUCUUAUUACACUGUUAUUAAAUACCAGGAUGAAAUCAAUGGCCAGAAACAAGGACUCUUGCCUUUGGACAUCUCAUUGCUUAGGACUGCCAUGAUGCUGUCAGCUUGGGAUAACAAUUAGAAGAUAGAAAGCCCACAGUCCGGGCAUCUACCUAACUUCUCAGGGACUACAUCUCGUAGUUUUCCACCAUUAUAGGAGCUGGUAAAUAUGAAACAUUUGUUGAGUUACCAGACUGCCAUUGACAGUGUUUGAUUUCUCAUAGUUCAUGCUUUCUGCCUCUGUAUAUAUGACUGUGCUGUGUAUUUAUCAAAGUAGGAAGCAAUAAUUUAUAUGUAAAAAUGGCCAAGCAAUAUAAGGUUAAAACUUACAUAAGUAACCAUUACUUUAUCUUGUAUUUUCAAGUGUUUUUUAAAUCUGCUUUUCCAAAUAUAAGACUAUGUUAAAGAUA